AUGCGCGGUAACGUGGACCUGCUAACGAAGAAGAUAUCGCUCGCAGGAGUGAAAAAGACAAUUUCAGCUGCCACCGUCUUCAAGAGGCAAAACAAUAAGAUUGACAAAAGAAACAGUACACACCAGGCAACCCUCAGAAACUCAAAGUUUACCGGCGAAGACGCUAAUGCUACGACGUUGCUGAGCGCCAAGUCACGCUCUUCCCCACGAAGCAUAAAGAAAAGUGGAGGAAAGAAGAGAUCCUCAGGGAAGCACCCUCUGAAUUUGAUAUUCAAAGAUGCUAGCGACGAGUACCGCCGCCAUCUUUACAACACUACCUCACUCAACAUCACCGAAACUCUCAAUUCACUUCUCCAUAACCUCUACUAUAGUACUCUACGAACGAUCACCCCGGACAGUAGUCAGCAAAAUUCCAACGCCUCGCCCUCAAGGCUUUCCGGCCCAGCAAAGUACGAACGUCUAGCCACCCAACUGUAUCAGCCCAUCUCUCAGUUCAAGCUAUCACUGCAGCGUAUCGACAGUAGAGGAAAGAGUGUACGGUUUGUGCAGACACUGGAAACUCGUAUGCUACACUAUGACGAGUUGAUUGCCAAAGAGACGACAAAGCUGGGAACGCUGCAGAAAGAGUGGGAAUCUGUCGUGAGUGAGAUCUGGAAGCUGGGAGCUACAUGUCUGGGCGACGAAGCGAUGACAGAGAUGCUAUUCACUGAACAAGGAUUGUAUGAGAAGACCUUGCCACUUUCCUCAUCGCCUAUCAAAGCCACCGACGCUGAAGACACUCUGUUCGUUCCUGAGAACGACAGCUUUUCUCCACGCUACAAACCUCUUGUCGGCAAAAGGCGUGCUACUUUUCUCCGACAAGAAGAAGAAGAAGAAGAAGAAGAAGAAGAAGAAGAAGAAGAAGAAGAAGAAGAAGAAGAAGAAGAAGAAGAAGAAGAAGAAGAAGAAGAAGAAGAAGCACCAGACGUUUGUGGCAAGUACGACGCCACGCCAAUAGAUCAGUUCCCAGAUUUUAUCUAUCAACCUUCAAGUGAUCACAACGGCACGUUGCCUCUCAUUUCAGGUUUAUCUGAGGGCGAGACUAAGGAGCUGGAGAAAAUGGUGAGGGAGCUAGGCAAACAGGAGAUGGAUGAUUUCUGCAAGAUUGAAGAGGAUCAUGAGGCGUACUGGAAAAAGAAGACGGCACAGCUCGCGAAUGCGCUGAAGAGUGAAUGA